CCACGCCCGCGCGCGCGCUCACCAAAGGCGCCUCACUUUGGCGAGAGCGAACCUGACCGACAAAAUGGCUCACACCAACCCGACUCCGACCAAGAAGAAAGAAGAAUCGUUCUUCGAUAAAAUUGGAACUUUAACAUCGAAAAAGAAGACCAAGGAAGUAAAUGAACUUGUGCAGGAAGGUAAAGAUGCUAUUGAGUGCCGGUCUAACUUAUCCAACCUUACUAUCGACCCUGAAGGUUACAAACUAGAGGAAAAUGAGGAACGUUCUAUGGUGGAUCCAAGUUCUCGAGAAGAUUACAAAGUAAAGGAACUGAUGAAUAUUUUACUUGGUUGGAUCAAUGAUGAACUUGCUGAUCAAAGAAUUAUUGUCAAAGAUGUUGAAGAAGAUUUGUUUGAUGGCCAAAUUCUUCAGAAACUAAUAGAAAAACUAGCCAACAUCAAAAUUCAGGUUCCUGAGGUAACUCAGUCGGAAAUCGGUCAGAAACAUAAGUUACGCAUUGUUCUUGAUGUUCUCAAUAAUGAAAUCUUUCAGAUUGAUCCUGCCAAUCACGAUGAACUUCAUUGGAGUGUUGAUAGUAUCCACUCUAAGAAUUUGGCUGCUAUACUUCAUCUGCUGGUUGCCUUGGCCCGAUUCUUUCAUGCUCCCAUCCGUCUUCCUGACAAUGUGGCUGUUACAGUUUUAGUGGUUCAAAAAUGUGGAAAGGCACUGAAUACAAGGAAAGUGAAAGUUGAAAUUACUAGUUCUCAUGAAGAACUACUAGAUGAUGGGGAUAUGGGAGCCAGGAUUGGCCAUGUCCGUGAUGCUUUUGAUACUCUUUUGGAUCACGCCCCCGAGAAGUUGAAUCUUGUCAAAAAGACUCUGAUAUCUUUUGUCAACAAACAUCUGAUAAAGGUCAAUCUAGAAGUUACCGAUCUGGAGAAACAGUUUCAUGAUGGAUUCUACCUUAUUCUACUGAUGGGACUCCUGGAAGGAUAUUUUGUAUCUCUUGGUUCUAUUCACCAAACUGCUACAACCUUUGAGGAAAAGGUGCACAAUGUGCAAUUUGCCUUUGAAUUAAUGCAAGAUGCCGGUCUACAGAAGCCAUCAGCAAGAGUUGAAGACAUUGUCAAUUGUGACCUGAUAGCAACAUUGCGUGUCUUAUAUGACAUCUUCACCAAGUACAAGUCCGUAGCCAGUACUUCAUCUUGAAAAUUCAAACCUGCCGAAGCA